CCUAAUGGACUUGUGAGCAUGAGAACCCUCAUUGGAUCCUUAAAACUAAAACAAACAAACAAACAAACAAACAAACAAACAAACAAAGUUAGGUAGCAGGUACUUAGGAUCUCAGCUCCAGGAGGGAAGAAACAGAUGGAUCCCUGGGCUCACUGCCCAACCAUCCUAGUCUAUUUAUGGCUGAAGAAACACUGUCCAAAUCAGUAUCACAUCUACAGUGAGUCAUUCAAGCAACAUGACAUAACUGGGCGAGCCCUGCUGAGACUCACAGACAAGAAGCUGGAGCGCAUGGGGGUCGCCCAGGAGAACCAGCGACAGCACAUCCUGCAGCAGGUGCUCCAACUGAAGGUUCGGGAAGAAGUCAGAAACCUGCAGUUACUCACACAAGCCUCGACGGAUUGUUCUCCAUAACCAUGUUAGCCCAGCAAGCCGCUGUCCUGCCAGUGGAUAAGAGUGUGACCUGUUCCCCAGAGAAAUACUGACUCAUGGCCCUGCCAGAAGAGAUCCUUGGAGCACUGACAGAUUAACCAGACUGACUGAGAAAACGCCUAUUCAGUCAAGAUUAUGGACUUUGCGAGCAGAAAAAAAAAAACCUUAGUUUGCUGUGGAUUUUCAAAUGAGGUGCAUAACAUACAGUGCCAACUCAUUCCAAGUGGUCAUUGGCAGACCAUUAGCCAGAAAUUGGCUUCUGGUUUUCAUCACUGUGCAUAACUCAAGUUCCCCUUGGGCUCCAUCUGUGCCCCUCACUACAAGUUCUGUUUUAGCAUGGCAACCACUGGAUUAUUUUCAUUAAGUGUGCAGAUGGCAUGAUGUUC